UCGGCAACAAACCAGGAAAUCAAGCGGGUUAAAGUAAGUUAGAAAAGCAGGCGGAACGCUGCUGGCAGCAGGGGGACCUACCCAAAGUUUUAAUUUGUAUUUUAAAUAGUUUGCUCCCUUACUUAAUUACUGAGUUUAUAGUUAUAUUAGUGGCUACGUAACAUUUGUAGCCAUGGCAUCUCUAUUCAAGAAGAAGACGGUAGACGACGUGAUUAAGGAGCAGAAUAAGGAGCUGAGAGGAACACAGAGGCAGAUCACCCGCGACCGAACAGCGCUGGAGCGGCAGGAGAAGCAAAUGGAAAUGGAGAUCAAGAAAAUGGCCAAGACGGGGAACAGGGAGGCCUGUAAGAUCCUGGCCAAGCAGCUGGUUCAGCUGAGGAAGCAGAAGAACCGCACCUACGCCGUCAGUUCAAAGGUCACAUCCAUGUCCACCCAGACGAAGGUGAUGAACUCGCAGAUGAAGAUGGCGGGCGCCAUGUCCACCACGGCCAAAACCAUGCAGGCAGUGAACAAGAAGAUGGAUCCACAGAAGACCCUGCAGACUAUGCAGGACUUCCAGAAGGAGAACAUGAAGAUGGGGAUGACCGAGGAGAUGAUCAAUGACACCUUGGAUGAGAUCUUUGACGAGUCUGGGGACGAGGAGGAAUCUCAGGACAUCGUGAACCAGGUGCUGGAUGAGAUCGGCAUCGAGAUCUCGGGAAAGAUGGUGAGGGCCCCAUCGGCGGGAAAGAGCCUGCCCAGCGCGUCCCCCGCCAAAGCCACCGGCAUCUCCGACGAGGAUAUAGAGAGACAGCUCCGGGCCCUGGGAGUGGACUAGGCUGGACUGCCAUCCAGCCGCCACCGGGCCGCCAUCCAGCCGCCAUCCAGCCGCCACCGGGACAGCGACUGAGCCGCUACCCAGCCUGCGUCUCCGUCUUCACUGUGGGUUUGGGGGGAGGGGGUGGGCGCGU